AUGGCAGUUAAGUUCCUCGUAUUCGCCUUGCUGGUGGCAACAGUGAGAGCCAGCGGUGGGUACUCGAGCUUCUCAUAUGGAGUAUCAGACCCGAAUACCGGAGACGUCAAGGAUCAACAGGAAAACCGUGUCGGCGGAAACGUGGUUGGCAAAUACUCGCUCCUCGAAGCUGACGGGACCAAGCGCGUCGUCGAAUAUUCCGCGGACGACGCUACUGGCUUUAAGGCCGUAGUACACAAGGAACCCGCUGGACCUCUCGGAAACACAGCACUUAGUGCUCCUCUAUCUCAUGCUGCUGCAUUAGCUAGCGCUGGACCACUGUCCCAUGCACCAUUAGCCGCUGCUUCUCCACUAGUUCAUGGUUCUCCGUUAGCUGGUGUCAAUCCGCUGGCUCACGCUGCACCUCUUGCAGCGGGACAUUUGAGUUAUGCAAACCAAGCGGCUGCAGCACAUGCCGCGGCUGAUCAUGCUGCUAAAGUAGCUCAUGCAAAUAACAUAGCACAUGCUCAUGGUGCCGCAUCGGUCCCAUUAGCUCCAGUACCUUCCUUGACACCGGUUAAUCCUUUGGCAUCCGUUAACCCAUUAAGCCACGCUGGACACCACGCUGGACACCACGCUGCAGCCGGUCCCCUUGUUCAUGGUGCUUCCGUUGCGCCUUUUGGUGCCGUCGGUCCUUUUGGAGCUGCCGGUCCUCUCGGUCACGGUGCCUUCCCGGGCUCCUUAGGCUUUGGCCACGGUGGUGCAGUAGGUAACCUCGGUGGUUUCCCCAACGGUCUCAACUAUGGACAUGGUGCUCCCUCUGUUUCAUCUUACUCACAUACCAUCUUGCACAACGGACCUGGUGCUUAUCCUAAUGGGGGUGCUUAUCCAUAUGGCGGUGCCUAUGGCAGACACGGUGCGUAUGGUCAAGGUGGAUUCGGUGGACCAGCUGGAUAUGGUGCAUAUGGCGCCCCUAAUCUUGGUGGACCUUUAGCUCAUGGAGCUGGUUGGGCGCCUAAUGCAGCAUUGGCUAACGGUGCAGGAUGGGCUCCUAACAGUGCUCUCCCUCACGGUGCUCUAGCCAACCCUUUGGCUGCCGGAGUAUACAGCCGUGGAUUAGGCUAUAACCCGAGACUCGGCUGGUGA